CGGGACCACAUUUCAAGCACUCCCCCGAAAAUAAGGGAUGGAGGAAGCAAACGCUAGCAGAGCUACUCAGAGCAUGCGUCAAAUGUGAGCCAUUAGGAGGCGCCUUUGCAAGAGCUAGAAACGGCAGUAACAAGUCUGGUUGGCAGUUCUGCAUGGUGUGUCCCAGUGCGCAGGACGGGCGCUCACAGCUGAAGGUGGGAACAUGGCAUUGUGACGUUGAAAAACAUUUACUUUCUGAAAAACAAUGGCUCUGAGAGGAGGAGCCAGCAAAGCAAGCGGAAGCCCAGGCUGGAAAGGGGCAAAUGAAAUCUUCAAAGCAGGAUGCAAUCCAAGUCUUGCCCCAUGUCUUCGGUUAAGCAAGUUCCAGAAAGCCACUGCUCUAUACCACCAAGCCUUGCGAAAUGCCACUGGGAAGAACCAAGAUCUUGCUAUCAUCCACAAGAAUCUUGGGUCGACUCAUUGGAGGUGUGCAGAGCUGGUGCAAGAAGAUGCUGACAAGGAAAUCUUGAACUUCCACAUCAAGCAAGGCUGCCACCACUACCUCGCUGCUCUUUCCCAUGGCUCAGACUUUCAGCCUGAGGACUGGCUUGCCGGUGUCCACAAACUCCUCACAAAGUACGUCACAACUGCUGUCGCGCUCUUCCAAGAGUGGGACCAUGUCACCCGCCGCAGCUGCCUGCGCAAGCUGUCCACAGCCUUGUCUGAGGCCUCAGGCGUUUGUGAAGCAGCGUCCCAAUGCAAGUACAAGCUAGCGAAGCAACUCUAUUGGGAGGGCAUCCGGCUGCUAGAAGCUGUUGAUAAGGAUCGCAUGGAAGCGGCCACGAGGUGCGCCUCGCUCAUAAACGAGGCAUCGCAGCUGUUGGUGGAGGCUAUGCAAAGGGGGACUGAGGAGCAGCGCAGCGAGGUUGAAGUCUCAAUGGAAGAGGUCUUCCUGUACCAGUGCACCUGCGAGUCCAUCCAAGCCUCCUACCAAGGCAACGCCCUGCUCGACUCCCUCCUCAAGACACAAGAGCACCUGGACAUGGACUUCGUCUGGCUGGCCAUCGACAAGUACAAGCAAGCCGCCGUGUUAGCGCGCGAGCGGGACCUGGAAGCGGAGGGCAGCGCGCUCUCGCGCCUCGGACACGUGUACAAGGGAGUGCUCAAAAUGGAGAAGACCGCGCACACUUACUAUUUCAAGGCGGCUGAGCUGGCGCUGACGUUUUCGCCGGGGCGCACGAGCAAACUAGCGUGGGCGCAGGAGGCGAUCAGAGAGGUUGGAGAGCAUCAGGAGCGAGUGAGGCGGGAGGAGGCGGCGAAGGAGGAGCAGGAGAGGGGGCCAUGGCUGGAGAUACUGAAGGACGAGCUGGCGGCGCUGCAGAGAGCCGUGACGGGGAGUGCGGAGGCCUUCCUGAAGCACCUCUAUGAGAAGCAUCCGCCAAAGAACCCCGACCACAAGCUGGGACCCCUGGGGACGGACCCGGACAUCACCAAGAAAGCGCUGCUGCGGGCCAUCUCGCACUACCAUACGGACAAGAACCUGGCUGCCAAGCAUGGGAAGAAGUGGGAAGUCCUCUGCGGGCAGAUUACCCGCUUCCUCAACUCGAAGUACACAUACUACAAGUGACUGUCAACUCGAAGUGCACAUACUACAAGUGACUGAGAGAGUACAUAUGUACAUUCAUGGUGGACGAAGGAACACUGAAGAGCAACUGCACCACUAGUAAGUUCAGCCGGUGUUGAAGUGCUUGUUCAAAUCAAGCAAAGGGCACUGCCAAAUAUCGCAAGCACACAGGACAGUUGACGGGACAAAUUGUGGCACGCAAGCUCAGUCCUGAUACUGGUAUAAGCACAGCUUUGAGAUAGUAGUGGCUGGACGGAUGCGUUGGCGGCCACCUAGCAUCAGCAAUGGGUCCGAUUGUGAUGAUCGAUGUUGAUUGGAGGCAGCUUGCUCCGCCGGGCCGCCUAGAUCAGAGGUCACAUAAUGAGUCUCCUACAUUCGGGUCAAUAGUCAGGUGCAGUUUGUGCAAGCGGGUUCGAAAGUUCUAGAGCAUCAUUGCCUGCACUGGGUUGACAUUUCACGGUGUAGAGUUGCACGAACCUGCCCAUCGAACGGACAAAUCCAAUGACUUGCCAUGCUUGAAUUUGCUGGUUAGUUCUGGCAGCGAGUAGUCACGGCUUCUCCAUUCUCGCCCGUGG